AACACGCCUCUAACGUUAGCGACGAAUGAGGCAUCCACACAUCCAAUGACCACAAAAAUGACACCAAGGCUAAUUUUAUGUUCUUAUCACCAAUCUUAUGAAGAAUGAAGUUGGAACACAGAACAUUGGCAACAUUUCCCCACAAUCCAAGCAUUAUGCAACCAUCGGAUCAGUACAGGAGGCGCAAUUCGUCUUUUACUGUCCCGAAGAUGUGCUUUCAUGGCCUUCAUGGCGUUCAAAUUUGACAUAGCCUCAUUUUCACCAGCGAGGUUUUUGAUCAGUGUAUCGCAUCUUCAGAGAUAAGAUGUAGUCGAUACAUAAAAGAAAGCAAGUCGCCUUCUUGUUUGGUCUUUUGAGAUCAUAGGCACUGCUAUCCCUAGAGCAAGCUUGUUCACUCUCGCUACUGGCCUUAUAUAUCAUUAAAUACAAGUACACUCAUCGGACAUCUUCGGCUAUCAUGGCUGGAAAGUCUUGGUCUCCGGGUUGGAUACACGAUAAAGGAUUGAGGACGCUGUACUUCCUUCUUUUGAUUCCGCUCCUGAGCAGUUCUUAUCAAGGAUUCGAUGGCAUGAUUAUGAAUGGAUUGCAGCUCUUGCCACCAUGGCAGAAAGAGUUCAAUUAUCCCACUGGUCCUAUUCUAGGUCUGCUCAACUCUAUUCAGACAGUUGGAGCAAUGGUUGCACUGCCGUUUAUUACGUGGCUUGUUGAUAGGUUUGGUCGUCGCCGUGCUAUCGCCUUUGGUGCAUCAUGGACAAUCGUUGGUGCUAUUCUGCAAGCUUCUUCUAAACACAUUCCUCAGUUUAUCAUCGCUCGACUCCUCAUCGGAUGGGGUCUUGCAUACACCGUAGUGGCCUCUCCACUUUUGAUUGUGGAAUUAGCGGCUCCGAGACAUCGCGGCUCAAUAAUCUCAUAUUUCGGUACCGUCUGGUUUAUUGGUGCUAUAAUUGCUGCAUGGGUCACGUUUGGCACCAGGAACAUUCCAAAUUCUUGGGCUUGGAGAAUUCCAAGUGUGCUCCAGGCUUUUCCGGCCAUUAUCCAGAUUGUCGGCAUUUUCUUCGUCCCUGAGAGUCCUCGCUGGCUUGUCUCGAAAGGUCGCGGAAGUGAAGCAAAGGCGAUAUUGGCAAAGUAUCAUGCAAAUGGAGAUUCGCUUGAUUCUUUGGUCGAAUUAGAGUAUGCCGAAAUCAAGGAUGCCGUUAUCGAAGACGCAAAUCAUAAACAAAAGGGAAGUUGGAAGGAUUUGGUGCGAACCGCUCCAAAUCGUAGGCGUCUUUUACUUGUGUUCUUCUGUGGAGUUUUUAUUGAGAUCUCUGGCAAUGGUCUUGUCCAAUACUAUCUCAAUUCAAUUCUCAACAGCAUCGGCAUAACUGGAGUCACAACGAAAACCACUAUCAACGGAUGUCUUUCAAUCUAUAAUUUUGUCAUUGCCGUUGUCGCCUCAUUGUAUGUCGAGAAGGUUGGACGUCGUCCUUUGUUUAUCAUUUCGACUGCUGGAAUGCUAGUUUCCUUCAUCAUUUGGACCACAUUGGCAGCAUUGUAUACCACUCAUGGAACUAGCAGCUACGCUAUCGGAGUCCUUGUCGCCAUAUUCCUGUGCCAUGGUUUUUACGAUAUUGGAUGGACCCCAUUGUACUCUUAUGCGAGCGAGCUUCUUCCAUUUGAGACCCGAGCCCGAGGCAUCACAUUUCAAAGUGGAGUCAUGCACGCCUUCGGUUUCUUCGGUACCUUUGUCAAUCCAAUCGGUCUUAAAAACAUUGGCUGGAAGUACUACAUUGCGUAUAUUGUAUACACAAUUCUUGAGCUCCUCUUCGUCUGGCACUUCAUUGUUGAGACCCGUGGAUACACUCUUGAACAGAUCGCUCAGAUAUUUGACACUCCAAAUAUUAGCUGGAAACAACGUCGCAAUAUGAAGGCACCUGGUAAUAUCUUGGAUGACUCCGUCGAUGGAAUUACUACACCAGGCGAGAAGCAAACUACAAAAUCGUCAUCAACGGAGAUUGUUGAUGACAGUUCAGCUGAGAAGCAGUAG